GGCAUGCUAGUUAGUUUUUCAAAUGGCAGGGAAUACGAGAUUACAGCGUUGAAAGGGAAUUUCUUCCAACCAGGAAAUGACAUACAAGGAAUACACCUAGGGAAUAGUAAAAAAAAUAUUGAUUUUAAACUGAAUUUGCAGAAGAAGGACUUGACUCGAAGCCGUUGAAGAACAGCAACUGAACCUUUUGACUAAGUUAUUGAUCAGAAACACAUCUGAAAUGUGAGGUUAUUCUCGCGGUGUGGGUUUAUCAAUAUAUUUGUGCCCGAACAACGCUUUGUGUAGGCUAUGAACAACAUUCAAUUAUCUGAUCAACGAUAAAAGACGUUUCGGAUACUUUUAUAAACAAUUCAAAUAAAAAAAAAUAGGCUACUGUGGUUAAUUUGCGGUGGGUUCGGUCCAUUGACGAAUUCGCUCGGAAGUCCAUCCUAUGGCACGUUAAUAUUAUAUUAUGUUCUGCCGCUAGAGCGCCCGCCCAUCGACUCCGAUUGUUUUUUUGUUGUUGUAGCGAAGCAGUGAAAGGAGAUUGAUUUUACUGAACGCGUGCGUUUGGAUAGCGCUAUCUCCCCGGAGGAAGAGGACGCCCACUGAAAUUAAGUAUUUUAUGUACAUUCUCAACAGAAGGACUUUACGUAUUUAUUUUACAUAUUGAUCCGAAAAAAUCUUGAUAUUGGCAAAAUUCUAAAUAGCGCACUAACAAAGCAAGACAUCUACACACGCUGGACUGUCCCUGCUGAGGUGGUUUGUCAUUCUACAACGAAGGGCCGCCGCAGUCUCUCUGUCCGAUGCGUAGGAAAGGAAGAGGGGUCAGGAUAAGCGUCUUUUAUGGGUGCAUAUCGUCAUUGACGAAGGUGAUACAGAGAAACGACACCCGAGUCUACCAAGCCCCGCAUUUCAGAGCAGGAUACGGCAGAUAGUUGAGGGUAUCCCACAGGCAGUAGGCGACUUCGCUAUAGCGGAUCUCAGUCUCAAGUCAACCCAUCAGGUUCGAUCCCCGGUGGGCACCAGACCUACCCGUCCGUCGCCCGCACAGGUGGUCUGCCAUAGAUCCCACCAUUUCUGCCUCAAAACAGACCGAAGUUUUGCCUCGCCAAACGGAUUAUAGGAACGGUGUCUGAGGGGAGAGAAAGACGGAAGACAAUGGGCAUCCGCACACUCCUUACUGCGUGUGCGCUGCUUGCAGGUGUGAGCGUGGCACAGAGGGUAGUGACCGUUCAGAGCGGACCGCUGGUACGGACGGAGGGCAGUCACGUGACCAUCUGGUGCAACGUGACUGGCUACAAGGAGGGUGUGGAGCAGGACUUUGAGUGGUCCAUGUACCUGACCUCGGUGCCCGACCGCGAGAUCCGCAUCGUGAGCACGGCCCAGUCCAACUAUGCGUACGCGGUGUACGCCCAGAGGGUCAACAGUAAGGAGAUCUGGGUCGAGAGGCUGACCAGGGACUCAGCCCUGCUCCACAUCACCAAGGUCCAGGCCAGAGACCAGGGGCUGUUUGAGUGUUACACCCCCAACACAGACGGACAGUACCUCGGCUCCUACAGCGCCCGCACCAACCUCACCGUCAUCCCCGACUCCCUCACCGUCGCCGCGCCGCCACAGACCCUCUCCCAGGUGGAGGGAGACACGCUCCAGCUCAGCUGUGAGGUUUCCCGGGCGACGGAGCAGCACACCCACCUGUCUGUGGGUUGGUACCUGCGCUCCCCGGAAGACGCUGUCGCCCCACCCCUGGAGAUCCUCACUCUGUCCCGGGACUUUGUCCUCCAUGCCGGCGGGCCAUACAAACAGAGGAUGACCUCAGGAGACCUGAGACUGGAUAAGACCAGCGCUACGUCCUACAGGCUGACCAUCCACCGGCUGCAGCCUGCUGACCAGGGCCUGCUCUACUGCCAGGCUGCAGAGUGGAUCCAGGACCCCGACCGCAGCUGGUUCGCCAUGACCCGCAAGCAGGCCGACAAGACCCAGCUACGUAUACAGCCCACUGAUCGGGACUUCUCUAUCCAGGUGAGCACGGAGCGGCGGUCCUUCACGGCGGGCGAGCCGCUGGAGCUACGCUGCACCAUCGAUGCCCAGAGCGUGCCCGAGCGCUUCUUCUCGGUGUCGUGGGUGUUCAGCAGCUCGUCGGUUGCCGUGAUAGGGCCCAGCGCUGUGCCCGUCCUGGGACCCGACUAUGUGGCGCGCGAGGCCGCCGGUCACAUGACCGUGCGUAAGGAGAGCCCCGCCGUGCACCUGCUAAAGUUGCAGCGCCUCCGACCAGAGGAUGCUGGGAAAUACAUCUGUAGAGUCACGGAGAGGGAGAAGACACCCACUGGGGACUUUAUAGACCGGAGCAAGAGGUCACGCAACGUCCAGAUCACCGUCCAGCCCAUCAAGAGUAACGUCACCGUGUCUUUGUCCAGUAACUCGUCAGAGGUCCAGGAGGGGGAUGUGGUCCAGCUGACCUGCUCCAUCCACUCCACCACAGGUCCUCUCUCUGUGGCCUGGCAGUGGAGUGAGAAGCAGGGCUCCACCUCUCCGCAGGACCUGGUCUCCGUAGACCGCGACGGGACCGUCCGACCAGGCCCUGGGUACCGUGAGCGUUCCAGCUACGGGGAGAUCCGGGUAGAGAGGGUACGGGAGGACAUCUAUACCCUGUCCCUAUACAACGCCCUGCCUGGGGACGAGGGGCUGUACCGGUGCACGGCCACAGAGUGGGUGGAAGCCGGGACUGAGCCAGAGCAGAGCUGGGAGAUAAUAGGAGAGAAAUCAGCCACCAAGACCAUCACUGUUAAGACCGUGGAAUCCUCCUUCGUGGUGUCAGCGUCGUCACGGACGCCUAGCGUGACCUUUGGCGACUCGUUUGAUCUCCAGUGCCUGGUCAAGCCCCGUCAUAACCCUCGUGUGCCCGCCUCCGUCACCUGGCGCUUCAUGCCCUCCAGCUCGGGUUCUGCCAGCGAGGGUGGUGAGGGUGGCACAGUGGGCGAGUUCCGAGACCUGGUGACGUUUACCCGUGAGGGCACGCUGCAGUGGGGCGAGCAGCUGCUGGGCCAGGGCACCCGCACCACCGUGGACCGUUCCCAUGCCAACACCAACUUCAGGUUGUCUGUGACGCGUGCUGGGCGUAGGGAGGCGGGGACAUAUCAGUGCUCUGCCCUCCUCUGGAGGAGGAACUACGACAACACCUGGAGCAAAGUGGCCAACAGGACGUCCAACCUGCUGGGGAUCAGCGUGUUACAGCCAGUGAGUAAGCUGCGGGUGCAGAAGACCAACCAGUCCCUGGUCUACCUGGAAGAUAGUCGCGUGCGUGUCAACUGCUCCGUGGCGUCCCAGACCAGCCAAGACUCCCAGCAUGCCGUGCUCUGGUAUGUGCGCCGUGCGGCAGGUGCUGAGGCCGAUGAACUACUGCUGAGGAUUGAGCGCUCGGGCGCGUUUGAAUAUGGCGCGUAUGCAGACGAGGAGAGGUUGAGGCGACGAGUGCAGGCUGAGAGGCUGUCGCCACGGCUCUACGCGCUGACACUGAACAGGGCAGAGAGCAGCGACUCUGGGACGUACUACUGCCUGGUGGAGGAGUGGCUCACAGACCCAGACGGAGCCUGGUACAGACUGGCACGGGACUCCUCAGGAUUCACACAGGUCCUAGUCAGACAACCAGAGGUGCGGUUGCAGGUGGAGGAGUCGGAAUCUAACAUCACUGUGUCCCAGUCUGGUUCCAUCCGGUUGGGCUGCAGCAUCCCUUCCCAGUCCUCCCGAGACUCCCGCUUCUCCGUGUCCUGGUACGUGGAGCGCCCCGAGGAGGAAGAUGAGGAAGAGGAAGACCAGUUGUGUGUGUUCUCCAUUGGACACGAUGCCGUGUUCGGGAACGGGAACUGUAGCCCCACCGAGGAGGCGGGGCCUAACUCACGUCUGCAGUUUGAGAGGACAACCUCUGACCUCUACAGUCUCACCAUCCAGGGAGCACGGCCCGCUGACACGGGGCGCUACUACUGUCACGUGGAGGAGUGGCUGCUCAACCCCCGCAACGCCUGGUAUCGCCUGGCGACCAACAACUCCGGUGUUACCAUCGUCACCGUGAUCCAGCAGGUCUCCACACUGCAGUCGGUGGUGUGCUCCAAUGACUCUCUCUUUUACUUUAUCUUCUUCUACCCGUUCCCCAUCUUCGGCAUCCUCCUCAUUGCCGUGCUCCUGGUGCGCUAUAAGAGCCGUAGCCACAGCAAGUCCCAGGAGGGCAAGAACGGCGCCCCCUUACUGUGGAUCAAAGAACCCCACCUCAGCUACUCGCCCACCUGCCUGGACCCACCCGCCCUCAGCCUGCACCCUGGCUCAGUGGAGUAAGGAAACAACUCAUAACCCUCCUCCACCCCGUACUCAUCGAGGAUCCAACCAAUACCACGCCAGGGAGGGUCUACUUCGGACCUCCACCUGACCAACCACUGCUGUGUCCAAGCUGUCAGUCAAUCUGUUCGUCCAUGUAUAACCCCGCCCCCCCGUGGUUGCCCCGGCUGUGCUGGCUGCCUGUCUGUGAGAUACUCUGCAGCAGCCCUGUCGUGUGUGUGUGUCUGUGGAAAAGUGUGUUUGCGCCAAGUGUGCAGCCGUGUGUGUGUUUGGAAGUGUGAGUAUAUGUAUCUCUCGCUCUCCUCUUCGUCCAGUGAAAAACAUAGCUAUAGUUAUUUUUCUUUUUUUAAAUUCUGUUUUUCAAAAGAUGUCUGCUAGAAUGAUACAAUCUGGGAACAAGAAAAUGACUAGUCAAGGACCCUAUAUGGGCAUACUGUUCUGUACUGAACUGAGGACGUAGUGAGGAUGAUAAGGAAUCUCUCUCUGUGCUCGUUUGACUUAGCACUGAACUCAGAUCAGUCCCUGCCUGGCCUUAUACCUUGGUUACCAUAGCGAGGGCCCUUUUCAAACUGACUCCAGCGCUGUGGACUAGACUCCCACAGAAACACACAAAGACAAUUAGAAGAGAUGUGUGCGUGACAAUGUGAAAGUGUGUGUGUUCACCCACCUGUCUCCUCAGUGUGUUUGCCUUGGCAGACAGAGACAGACCUAGCGAGCCCAUUGUACAUUGCCACACACUAGGCAUCGGUGUGAAUGCACACCUCUUCUCCUCCUCUCCAAACAGAGUGAGAACGAGGGAAAGAGAGAAGGAAUGAGGAUAAAUGAACAUAUUUUUGACAUGAGGGAUAUUUCAGUGCCAAGAACUUAUUCCAGGCUGUCCUCUGCAACAAAUGUUUGAAGUUUAAAGGGGCGAGCAAAGCCGAUUGGUUCCGAGGCACUCUGUAAAUAUGGCUGCCGACCCCAUGCUGGGGGAUUAUAGGCCUUGUAGGCAGAAAGGGCGAUUUUUACGCUUAUGUUAAACCCGUUGAGUAGUUUCUGCAUAAAUGUAUUGACACAGUGGGAUUUAUUGACUGAAAUGAAAUUCUCUGCCAUUUCAUACGCUGUCUGCUAUUACUACCACAUGCUGUCUUUAAUAGACAUGAAUUAAUGGGUACAAGCUGUGCAGCUCUUAGAAAUUCCUGUAGAGGGGAGCUGAGCCACAAGACAUAUCAUCACUAGAGAUGUGUGUAGAGGUUAAGAACAUGCAUAUUAAAACACACACACACACGCACACACACACAACCAGCUCUUUGGACAACGUGUAGAGAAAACAAAAGCAUCCCCAAAAACGGAUUACCAACACACCAUGGGAAUUAAUAUCAUGUCUGAUUUGAUUUGGAUUUUUUUGUACCUUCAUUUAUAUAUUUUUGUUAUUUUAUACUGUUUUGCAUAGUUCAUGUACAUGUCUUUUUAGAUUUCUCCAAGUACUGCUCUUCUACUUGUGUUGCCAGGCAACCAAAACACACAGAUACAAAGUCAUGAUAACACUGCGUCCAUAGUCACAGGCACUGAAAUGUCGUAGAUAUAGAAAUGCUAGAUUAAUUUGUUCUGCGCAGUCAGUGGCAUCACAUUGAAGAUUUAUGUUUUGGCCAGUGUGGAAACACUAACUAAAUGCUCUAUACCUGUAUUGGAAACCUAGCAGCUUCACUAUAGGAUGUACAGUAGAUUAACAGCGAGAGUCACAAAAUUAACCACUUUAAGCUUUUGCUCGUCUUGUUUAUUUAUUGAAAUGUACCGUGACACCUAGUUAGGAUGUGUGAGCUUCAUAGAAAUGCAUUAGACUGCCAUAGAUGACUGGACCGAAGCCGGCCUCUCGUGGACUGUGGAUGUUUCCCCCUUACCUACAGUACACUUGGCAGAAGGGUUGGGAAUCAGUCACAUUCCCAUAGUAUGGAAUGGCCGAGAGAGGAAAUGUGACAUUCCUGUUCCGUAAAAUAACCCUUUCACUGCCAGACUGCUGAAAGCUCUCGUCAUUCUCUUCUCAAUCGUGUCGAAAUGUAUAUUGCAUGACAAUAUUGCAGGAAGCGUUUUGAUGUUUUGUAACCUUCAAACUUUUUAGCGUCGUGUUUGUGUGACCGAGCGAUGCCAAGCCCUUCACUUCCUGUGCCAAGUGUCAGACGGAUCUACAGAAUAGGAAGUCACUUUGAACAACAGAUUUAUGGGGGAGGGAGAACAUCUUUUUGGUUGUUUCUAUUCUUUUCCAUCUGCCAUUCAAAUCCUGAGAGAGCGGAAGGCCUCAUCACCUGCAUUGGUUGACAGCUACAGUUGAAAGAGCAGCUCAAGCCAACUGUGCUCAACCCUGUCACAAACCCAAGACGCUAAGAUAAGAUCUGGUCCAACAUCUGACCAGAGGUGGACCCUCAUUUUAAACUUCAACAAUUUUUCAUUGGUUUUGCCACAAUUCAGUGAUAAGGAAAUCAGCAAAUCCCUGAGCAGCGUGCAGGAUCUCUGAAUCUAAACCAGGAAGUGGAGGGUGCGGCUUUGGUGUGUGUUGUCACAGUGCCACAGUGCGUAAUUGGAGCUGUGUUGUACUCUGAACAGUGUUUUUGUAGUAAUCAACAUCCUUAGACGAAAUCCUAAAUGCUCUCCAGACGCUCCGACAGUGUUGUAGCUGCGUUCCGAGGGCUGCAUGCAGUGACUGUGGCUCCAGAUUUAGCUGGAAAAUAACUGUGGUGAAGUGUUCAGUUCAGCCAGUGCUGCUUUUUUCCAGUGAUGUAUUUUUGUUAUUUUUUCAAGUCUAUGAUAGUGCACUGAAAUGAAAAGGAAGGCCAUAGCUUUUUUUUAGACGCUUAUUGUGUUUUUCGUGUAUAUGACAUGUUUUUGUUGAUUUUUAUUCUGAUAUAUAUUCUAUUGAAUAGUAACCACUGCUAUCAUUCAAAAGGCACUUUGCUAUUCUGUCAGUUUAUUGCAAUAAAAACAUGUUCAGUGCAACAUUAGGCGUUGACAUUCCUCCUGACCCUUCUACAUAUUUCCUUCUAUGAACCUCCAGACACCUGAGCAAUGGAGCAAACGGAACAGCUGUACCCCCACUUUCAGAAUAGGGGUACAAACUUGUUUUUGCACCCCCACUUUUUUUAAACCAGAAAAUGAUCAUGAAUCAUUGUUUAAUUUGUCAUUUUCAAUGAUUAGCAAUGUUAAGCUAGUUUGUAUUAAAACCCACCCAUUUUAGAUUUGAAUGAACAGAUUGCAUUUUUCACCACCUCUCCCCGUCGCCUCAAGAUGAAUGGUUUUGACCACAAGUUUUGCUUUGCUCCGGUGAGCCACUGUGUUGGUUCAGUGCAGUUAGAAAACAUUAGUUGCACUACUGGUGUUUGAAAUAAAAAAGGCACCUAUUCAAAAGGUGUGAUUUUAAGAACCAAAA